CACUAGUCUUUGUGCGCGACAAUUAUCAUUCUGAUCGAUUCGGCCGGCGCGGGGUAGCUCGCUUGCCCGUUUUAUAUCUUUUGUUGUUUUGUAACGAAUCAAUAUUAGCGGCUGGACGUCCCGGCGAUUCGUUUUCAAUCGCGUACCUACAGCGUUAUUAUUCUUAAUCGAGUGUUUCAACGUGUAAACUCUCAAUCUGUGUACGGAUUAGGUGUUUUAUCGUAUUCGUGUUGUAAUACAGAAACGCUGUGCGAAAGUUAAGUAGGUUAACGCUGCAUUGUGUGAAUUUUAUAAGAUCUGCCGGAUGAUGUUCUGUGAUAGUGUGUGUGAUGUGUAGUGAGUGUGUAGUGAUGGCGGCGUGUGGACAUCCAAGAUCCUGGCUUCUGAAUGCAAACUAACAUUCAAGACGUGGUAUGGAAAAGGAGAAUGGCGACGGGGGCGACGCGGCGGCGAAACCCCCGCCGGACGGGCUGCUGGACGCCGCCGGGCUCUUCGGAGCAUACUGGGGCCGCGACGGGUCCGGCGGCGGCGGCGCGGCUGCGCAGGCGGCGGCGCAAGCGGCUCUAUUCGGGUUCGGCGGGCGGUACCCGCCACCCAACACACUGGGAGUCGCCGCCAACCAGGCCGCCUCGCUGCCCUUGCACCCUGCUGCCAGCGCAGCGUGGUGGUCGAUGGCGUCUCAUCUAGCGGCGCAGGAUUACCUGGCGCGGCUGCAGGCGUCGGGGCUGAGCUUCCCCCCUCUCAACGACCCCUACUCCGCUCUCUCCGCCCUCUCCUCCUCGCAGAUCAAACAGCCGAAGGGGAAACAGCCUUCUAGAACCGACAGAUCAGGCCACAGGGACUGGACAGAGAAAAGCAGGUCUGGUCGUCCGUCCAGCACGUCGUCCAGCGCCUCCAAGGAGAAGGCGCCUUCAGUCAGCAGCUCCAACUCCCAAUCCAGCAGUAUGAGAUCAUCGUACGGCUUCCCGAAGACCUCAUCACCCUCCACCAUGCACGCGCAGUCCUCUCUAUCAAGCCUGGCGUCCCUCAACAGCCUCGUGUCAUCUCCUCAUCAGAGCAAGCCUUCCAACAAGCAGCAGCAACAGCAGAGUUCUCGCAAGCCAUCAUCACAGAAGGGCUCGGACCGCGACCUGGCCAUGUUAAGGGGAGACCUCAUGUUGGCCCAGGCAGCGCACGGGGCGUACCACGCUGCGGUGACCGCUGCUAAGGGAAAGAACAUGUCUCCUCUGUACCCGUUCGGGCUGCCGGGCUCGGAAAAAGACCGACAUGGGAUCGACUCCUUGACUGGGCUGCCACACACCAUCCUUAGUGACCCAUCAUCAGUCCUCGGCGGGGUCCGCCUGCCUCCAGACACGGAGAUCAUCAAGUACACCAGCUCGCUAGUGGGCGGACUCUGCGGCACCGGCGGCUCAGGGCGGGGGCGCAAGAAGACCGUCUCCCUGGAGCCACCACAGGUCUCCGUGCAUCCCGCUCAGCAGAAGACCAGGCCUGAUACCACACAUAAGACGGAUGAGUAUGGCAACUCUAGGUCUUCCGUAGAGGUGAUCCGACUACCUAGUAAGUCAGACGGCCGGCCCGGAUCCAACUCCGUGUCGGGCACGCCGCCACCCAACUUGUCGGAUUACGCAGGUAUAUCUCGGGAGCUGUUACAGACUAUAGCCAGUCAGAGUGGCGUCAGCUUAGCUGCCCUGGAGAGACAGCUGGCUGGGACAACUGCGGCCGCAGGUCAGUUUCCUCCGUCACCACACCCCGGACAGUCCAUACAAAAAGCUCGUAAGGAUGCAGGCCUCAACCUGAGUACGAAGGCGUCGGCCCGCGAGGACGCCGCCGCGGAGCCCGCUAAGAGCACCUCCAGCAACGAUGAUGACGCCCCGCUCAACCUCUCACUCAAACCUAGCCCGCCGAGCACACAAGCAUCAGACGCGUUAUCAAGGCUCACGUCUCUCAGCAGCUCGCUCAGCGCAUCCAGUGCCAACGACCGGAUAUCUCGAAGAAAACCCGGCGCUAAGCCCCGGAGAGUGGCCCCUGAGAUAAACUCCUCCGGAGACUCGCCCCGACCCAAGUCAAGUGGCAGCGAGGACAGUGAAACAGUGGGCUGGCCCACGCGCGAAGCACGGCCCCGCAAUCUGGGCCGCGGCGUCAGCAAGCCCAAGAAGAACACCGUGGCCUCGCUGCUGGCCCAAUCCAGAGCCCUAGGCCUCCGCCCCGCGCUCGCGCAACAGCUGCUCGCUGAGACUGAUUUGGAGAAACUAAAGGCACUCCUAGGUGAGACGGCGAGCACGGACUCCGAAUGUCCGUCGGACAGCUGUCCGUCCGACUCGGACGCGUCCGACCCCGGACGGCGACCCAACGACGCGCAGCUGAGGCUGCCGCUGGCACUGGGCUGGAAGCGCGUGACGGUAAUCAAAGGUCUGUCGCGCAGCUGCAGCAUCAAGGGCGACGUCACGUACACGCCGCCCGAGCCGCACGCGCACGUCAAGAUCAAGUCGGCGCAGGAGUUGCACGCGUUCGGGGAGGCGCACCCGCUGGGCCCGUUGUCGGCGGACAACUUCAGCUGGAGCGCCCGCACGCUGCUGGGGGAGUACGUGCAGCCCGCGCCCGACGGCGCCGACCACGUGCUAUCCGAGGCUGAGAUCACGAAGAGGCUAGAAGAAGCCAGAGCAUUGGCAGCUAUCACCGGGCCAAGACCCACGCCACCGCCAGUAGACCGACGGAUAGAACUAGCGAGGAGACAACAAGCCGCGAGAGACGCCAGAAGAGACGCCAGUGCCAGAUCUAGAGACCAGUUCUCUUCGCAGGCCCGUCUAGUCAGAGAAAUGGAGCGGUCGGAGAAGGCUGAGCUGGCUAAGAGGGAGAAGGAAGCGAGGAGCCAGCAGCUGCUGGAGCAUAUCAACAAGAAUAGAACACAACUGACCAUCGAACCUUUGCCAUCGGUACCGAAAUCCGGUCCUGACAAUGAGUGGAAAGUGCCGGAGAUAGUCGUGGGACCUGCCCUUAAAACCAGCAAGGACAGAGUCAUACCUCCGAUAAGCUUGUCGCUAAUACCGGUACCAAACGACGGCACGAAAUCUCCGAUAAAAAACCCAGUUCUUUACCAAACUAGCUUCAGAGAGGAAGAGUACAAUGCCUUGGAUAAAAUGAAAGAUUUCGCCGAGAAAGCGGCCUUCGAUCUCCCGAAAAGAACGAAAGAAAAACAAUUCGACUUCACACUCAUGAAGUCCGACAAAAAGGGCAAAGACAAGGACAAUAACCUUGAGAAACUCAUAGAGUCUUACUCAAGGAUAUCGGAGUUCAUAAACGGCUGCGAUUGGUCGAAAUUACAGGCUGACAAAAAGUCGGAAGACCCGAAAGCGUUGGAGCAAAAGUACUUAGAUGCGAAAAACGAAUUUAUGACGAAAAACUUGAUGUUGUUGCCCAAGGAGAACCAGCAGUCAGUCCUGAAAGAAGUCAUAGACUUGAGCGAGGAUGACGAUAACAUUUUAUCCGAUAUAAUAAACAAGAAAAUUAAACAAGGCACGUUUAACCUUGGGAAGGACGGAGCCCUGUCGAUAUCUGUCCACCAUUUCAAGGACAAUGUAAACAUGGCUAAGAGAAAAAAACAAGAAGAAAUUGAGAAGCAGAAGAUAGAAGACCAAGCUAAAAGGCAACAGGAAAGAGAACUUAAGAGACAACAGGCUAUUCUACUUAAAGAACAGCAAAAGUAUAUAACGGAGGAACGUGAAAGGAGAAGACAGCAUACAACCUUCAUCCGACAACUGGACGCCAGGAGAAGAUGGGAAGAAAGGGAGAGAAGAAAACACCAGAACCUUCUAGACCGACUGCUGGCAAAAGAAAAGAAGCUGCAGUCGAGAAGAAAAGAGAUGGAGUUAUUGUCAGAAUUGAGGAGACCACAAGAAGACUCGUCCCUCUCGGAACAGAAGCCGCUGCCGGCGUUAAGCCGCAUCCCAGGACUCAAACUGCCCGGGCAGGCCUUCGCGGACUUACUCCAAGUCUACGAGUUCAUACACAACUUUGGACAGACUCUGGGCUUCGACAUGGAGUCCUUGCCUACCCUGAACACGUUCCAGCUGGCUCUGCUGCCGGACUGCAGCCUCGAGGCUGAGGAGGAGCUGGUGCAGGUCCUCACUCAGCUGCUUGUCUGUGCUAUUGAGGACCCGGGCAUCCCGCACCCGGGCCGACACACCACCCUACUGGGCCACGCCAUCCGGAUGGGAGACAUCACGCCCGUGAACCUGAGCGAGGUGCUCAGGAUAUAUCUGUACGCGAACGCCACUGGAGAAGUCAAGGCUUUGACUGGGUUAACAGCGGAAAGAGAAAGGGAGAGAAGAGUGGCGGACCAUCACCAGACGGAAGCGGAAAUGCAACACACACAGGCGAAUUCAAAAAACGCCGCAUAUUACGAACACUUGCAUAACAACUCGACAUACAAAUUAUCAGAGGCCCUCCGAGACAAACCGUUCCUGGCACUAAACGCAACGACGAAAGCGAAGAUUCUAGCGUUCCUGUGCGACGAACUCUUGCAGAACAAGUCAGUCUUGCGACAGAUUGACGCGUCACUCGACCACCUCAACCAGCUCAAGAAGGAGCGGUAUCUGCUUGACAUGAAGAUCAGGAAGGUCCGCGUGCUCCAUCAACGCAAGGUCCGCUCAGAACAGUCGGAGAAACAGCAAGCACUUGCCUUGGAACGCAUGCAGAGGUUGGUUGAAGAGAGCAACGUGGUUAACAGAGCCUCGCCGCAACCUACUGAUGAUGAACAAAUGUCAGACAAGACAGAAACACCCAAGAAAGAGGACCACGAUCACGAAGACAAGGCCCCCUCCCCUUACAAAGACCCCCCCACAGAAGACGACAAGGAACUGUCACCCUUGAAAGACCUCUCCAACGGGGUCAAAAGCAAAGAACUCUUGAACAACAAUAAGGACGAAUGUUCCCCGCCGGAUAAUAAGAUUGAUAAGGAUAGUGUGAUGGGGGAUGAUGUGUUGAGUGACCUGGAGAGUGAAGGCACGCAACCAGAGGAGGACGAAGAUAAGAACUUGUCGUCAGAAGAACUAGCGCGGAAGUUGGAGAAGCUCGUGAGACAAUCUGAACAGCAGUUGCAGCAACUUUCGGCGGGGUCGCACGCGCUCAGGGCAACGUGCUAUGGACAGGACAGGUACUGGCGCCGCUACUGGUCUCUGGGUAAAUGCGGCGGCAUCCUGGUGGAGGCCAUGGAGUCAGCGCAGCCGGAGAUCAUGGAGUACCAGCAGUGGCUGCAGGCGGCUAGCGAGCGGGCCGCCUCGCCGCCGCCCCGGAAGAAGAAGAAAGGUCCUCGAGAGAAGAAAGAACCAGCGGCAGAAGAUAAGUCAGAAGAGAACGAAGCCCUGAAGAAGGAGGAGGCUCUGAAGACAGAAAUGGAACUGAAGAGCAUCAAGUCGGAACUAAAUCUGAGUGACCACACCCAGAUCAUUAAGUAUGAACCCAAUGUGAAGCAUGGCGCGAGUAAGGUUGAAGGUUCAAUAAAAAUGGAAGAGAAGUACAUCCAACACAAGCAAACCAAUGAGGAAGAGCUGCUGGACAUAGAAGACUCCAUCCCCACCGCGUUUCUGGUGCAGAAGCCAUCGUUGACUAACUUCACUCAGGACGAGAAGCCUGAGCCUGUCAAGGAGACUGUUAAGACUGAAGAAAAAGAGGAACCAGAAGAAUGCAAAGACGAGCUAGUGAACAACCUUGAAGAGUUACGCAAGAUGGCGGAAGCGGUGUCUUCUCAGCUGGACGCGGCCAAGAAGGCAGAGAUGGAAGUGAAGCAGGAGAAGAUUGAAGAGGAGAAGAAAGAGGUCCUGGAGGUUGAGGCUGCCCAUGAGGCGCUCUACACUAAGAUGCUUGAGGGGAAAUGGUUCUCAAUCCUCCGACACGAGAGUUCGUUCCUGAGUCACGUGAACGACAUGACAGACAAGGGAAACGAGAAAAUGGCCGUGUUCUGUGACAACGAGCACACCUGCUCUGAAGUGGUGCUCUGCCAGGGUCACAAGUGGGACGUGUCCAACAACCUGCACCUCCUGAAUGACCCCAGUCUCUUCACCCUUAACAGCAUGGUCACCAGCGUUCAGGUACCCUCUAAUAACAUCUACCUGGACUCGUCGCUGACGCUGUCGGGGCUCGACCAGGACCUGAUGGACUCCAGCAUGACCCGUGACGUCACCAUGCAGGAUGAGGUCGAGGAGGGCAGUAAGGAACAGGACAAUGACUUAGAAAAAGAAUUGCAAGCGGACGCUCUCAAACACGACGCCGCCCUACAGAAAGCUAAAGCCCACAGUCUCACUAGCCUGGGGCUACUGAACUUCAACGCUCUGUCGACGUACGUAACCUGCGACUCGCCGCCGCCGAUACAGAUGUCGCCCGAGGAGUUGGAGCAGCUGGAGCAUUGCAAGCAGCACGGCAUGCCCAAGAAGGUCGAGGGCAGCUACGUGCCCAAGGAAUUGAGGCACGGCUGGUGGCGAAUAACAGACGCGGACCAACUAAGAGAGCUGAUGGAGGCCCUCCAUCCUCGGGGAGUACGGGAGAGAGAGCUUCACGGCUCGCUUGUGCAGCAUGUGCCCAGCGUUAAUAAUAAGCUGCACAUCGACAAAGGCGACAUCCUAACAACAACCCUGUCAGUGUCCCACUUAGACCGCGUGAUAGCACAAAACGGUGGCUGGGUGGGCGCCGACCACCCCGGCUCCUUCUGUGCGGCCACCGCGCACCGCACCGACAUGCGCGCACUGCACAUGGUCGAGCAACUAGAAGAAAGGGUCGCGGCGGCGUCAAUGCAAGUGAAGGGUUGGCGACCUUCAUCCCUAGCCAUCCCAGAGGACGCGACAGGGCCGGAGAUAGUGGCCCGGGCGAGACAUAAACUGGCCGCGGUCGAGGCACACAUCGAGAGGCGGUACCUAAAACCGCCCCUGGUACAAAGGUAUGCUAGUACCGCUGAAGCCACGCUAGGUGCGGUGUUACAGGGUGAGCACGGGAAUUCAUCGGCCACUUCGCCCCAAAACUCCGAUAACACUACUGAAGGAAAAAUGGACAACAAGGGCAUAGCGCGUGGUCUAGCCACCUGGCGCGAGGCCCUAGCCCGCUGCACCACCAGCGCUCAGCUCGCCAUGCUGCUGCAAGCGCUGGACUCCGCCGUGGCCUGGGACAAGAGCAUCAUGAAGGCUAAUUGCCAAUUCUGCCUGUGCGGUGACAAUGAAGACCAGCUGUUGCUCUGUGACGGCUGUGACAAGGGCUACCACACAUACUGCUUCAAGCCGCGCAUGGACAAGAUACCUGAGGGGGAUUGGUACUGCUGGGAGUGCGUGAACAAGGCCCGCGGCGAGCGCGUGUGCAUCGUGUGCGGCGGCGCCAGCGGCGGCCGCACCAUCCCGUGCGCGCUGUGCGUGCGCGCAUACCACCAGGACUGCCACUACCCGCCGCUGGGGAAGAACCCGCGCGGCAAGUGGUACUGUUCUCACUGCAUUGCGCGUGCGCCGCCUAAGAAACCGCGCAAGAGCAACAAGAGGGACUCCAAACACAAGAACAAUGAUAGUAUGGAGAUGGAUAGCAUGGUGCCAAGUCCGGCGGCGUCCCACGCGUCCACAUCCACCACGGCCGAAGAGUGUUCAGCCAGCGCCAUGCCCACCCCGGAGAAAGCUGAAUCCGACAAGAUGGAUGAAGUGGCAAGCGAGGAGAACAACCUUAACCAUCAUCCUGCGCCCCCGGAGUUCCCGGACGAGGGUCCCCCGGAGAAGCGCCGCGCGCUGCAGCCGGCGGCCGGGGACGGCGCCCCCGAGCCCGCCCCCGCCUCGGCCCCCGCGCCCGCCCCCGAGCCCGCGCCUGCGCCCCGCAAGGACGCUCGCAAGGAAAAGCUCAGCGCCAAGAAGCUGCUCAAGGACCUCACAUUUUGCAAAAACCUACUGUGUGAGAUGGAGUGUCAUGAGCACGCUUGGCCGUUCCUCAUCCCGGUGAACACGAAGCAGUUCCCUCAGUACAAGAAGGUCAUCAAGAGCCCCAUGGACCUCUCCACCAUCAGGAAGAAGCUGCAGGACAACAGCUACAAAUGCAAAGAGGAGUUCGCGACAGACGUCCGGCAGAUAUUCAGCAACUGUGAAGUGUUCAACGAGGACGACAGCCCAGUGGGGCGGGCAGGGCACAACAUGCGACAGUUCUUCGAGGAGCGCUGGACGCAACUGUGACAUGAGGACGACGUGACCAUGUCACGUGACGAAGAUUAAAAAAAAUGAAGAAAAAAUAUGAAAGAAAUCUUUUUCAGACUCGGAAAGGAGGUUAACAAGAUUUAAAAAAAUAUAAAAAAGAUGUAAAAAAUCUUUUUUUUUUUUAUUAUACUCGGAAAAGACUUAUAGAGAAAAAGCAAGAAUGAACAUGUUGUUUUUUUUUUUGAAGAUAAAAAAAAUGAUUUUCUUUUUUAAAUUGUUGGUAGUCCGAAAUGUGGGAAAAAAAGUUUAAUAAUCUUUCUAUAAAAAACACAAACUACCUUAUACGUCCCACUGCUGGGCGCAGGCCUCCCCUUAUGAACGAGUGAUACGGAGCGUACUCUAAAAUUGUGAAUAUGUAUACUUAAAUACACUUAUAUAAACUCACGUUCAUAACACCUACGGAGGUGGACAGACCCUGUCAAGUGCUAAUUUGAGAAGACCAAAAAAAUGACUGUAUAAAAAGCAAUUGAAUUGGCUUGAAACUGAAAAAAAAAAAACAAAUAUAUGGUGAUGAAACAUUAUUAUUCAAAAUGUCAGAAAAAGAACAGAAUUUUAUAUUUAUUUUAUAGGCAAUAAAAAUCGCUCCUUACGUAAUUUGAAUCGAAUUUUCUAAUCUCGAAUCGUAAUUUAUUUACCUCUUUAUAUUUUGUUCUUUUUCUGACAUUUUUUAAUAAUAAGUAUUAAAAAAAAAAACAUUCCAAAAAAAAACUUAACUUUUUAAAGUUAUACCCGGAUUUGAGACAUGUAUAUUCAGAAUCUCGUGAGUUGUACAUGCGAAUGUGAUCCUUAUUGUAAUAGGAAUAGAGCGGCAAACGCACAUUCACUGUUUAGUGUACUUUUUAAUUCUAUUUUUUUAUUAUACCAUAUGUUUUAAAAAAGAAAAAAGAUGGCAAGAAAAUCCUUAAUAUUAUUUAGGUUUUUUAAUAGUUGAAUUAACGUUAUAAUUAAUAGAUUUAUCUCUCAUACAUACACACGUAAUAUCCUUAAUUAUUGCAUAACAUAACCAGCCUAUACACGUCCCACUGCUGAGCACAGUCCUCCCUUCAAUCAACCGGAGGUAUGGAGCAUACUCCACCACGCUGCUCCACCGCGGGUUAGUGGAGGUGUACGGCUAAUAGCCGGGACCAACUACUUAACGCGCCGGAUAAUCAGGUAAUUCAAGCCUGCCAAACAAAGUACAGUCUCCAGACCUCCAGACCCUAUCGCUCUAACCACUAGACCACGGAGGCUGUUACAAUAGCCGGGACCAACGGCUUAACGUGACCUCCGAUGCACGGAAUCAUCUUACUUUUUUUCACAAUCAGGUGAUUCAAGCCCGUACUAUCCUUACCAAACAAAGGACAAAAUAACUGAAGUAUUAUCGAACUAUUAAUUUUUUAAAUUAGAAUAUUGGUUUAUAAUUUUACAACACUUUAUAUACUUAAUCUAGUUAUACUUGCAGCAAUUGGCAGCAUUAUCGCUUAAAGCGAUUUCUUUCAGGCAACGGAAAUACUACUUAAUAAAACGUAUGGUAUUAUAAAAAAAAAACAAUGAUUGUAUUAAAACUUAGACUGUAUAUAGUAGUUCAUAAGAUUAGAAAUAAAACAGAAGUAUUAGAUCGAAAUCUAUUUUAAGUAUAGGUAAAUAGAAUAUUGAAUGUUCUUCGAAUAUUCUUCACGCUACUCCCCCAUUCAGGGUAAGCGGAAUAUAAUAUUUUUUUAAACAUAAUUAUUUGCGAGUAGCAACGAAACAGUAUUUUAAAAUAUUAUUUUUUAUUAUUAUUUGUAUGUAAGUUGCAUUUUUGGAAUUCGGAAGUAGUGACGCUUAUUUUGAGUUGAACAACUAUUUUUCUUUUUUUUUUCUCUCGUAUAACAGUUACAAAAUUAUCAUCGAUAAUUUAAUAACGUUAUAACAAAGAAAAAAAAGAGAAAAAUGUUGUGGAAGACACCACCAAAUAUACAUAGUAAAUGGCUCAAAUUAUUUGGAGCCAAGACAAAAACUUAAAAAUAUAUCUUAAAAAUAUGUAAAAAAUGGGGUUGUUCAACUCAAUAUAAUGUUUAAAUAGUUUCGGUGGCCAGUUGAAAUAUUUCUGUAGUGAUGUCGAGUUUGUAACAAUAUGGGUGUGUAAAAAAUAGUUGUCUAUUCAAAUUUUCGAUGUAGGAGAGAGUAAUUUAUAGUAUUGAAAUCAAGUAAUGUAGUGUAGGGCCUAAUAUUAAUGUACAUUACGAUACAAUUUGAAGUAUUAUUUUUUUAUAUUUACUGAAGGUUGUUUAACAUAUAAAUAAUAGAAAAAAACCUUCUUAAGCAAUAUUACUUCAUAAAAAGAAAAUAUAAUAGGCUACUUGACAACCUAGUCAAAUGAGAUACUUUUUACGAAACGUCAAAACGAAAGUUUUCUCUGGAGUUUGUAUGGAAAUACUGUCCUGUGACGUCAUCAAUAAAAGCGGUCAAACGUCGUACUUCAUCAUCACCAGCCCAUUAACAUCCCACUGCUGGGGCACGGGCCUUCCCUACGGAUGGAUAGGGAGAUCGGGCCUUAAACCAUCACGCGGGCCCAGUGCGGAUUGAUGGUUAUUAACGACUGCUAAUGCAGCCGGGACCAACGGCUUAACGUGCCUUCCGAAGCACGGAGAAGCUCGAGAUGAAAACUUUUUUUUUUGUGGUCACCCAUCCUAUGACCGGCCUUUGCGAAAGUUGCUUAACUUCAACAAUCGCAGGCCGAGCGCGUUUACCGCUGCGCCACCGAGCUCCUCACAAACGUCGUACUUAUUGUUACUUAAUUCGUAAAUAAAAUUCGAAAAUAAGUCGAAAAGUAAAAUGAGAUUGAUUUUCGAUUAUCGUAGACUGGCUUCUAUUUCUAGAUUAGCAUUUUAUAAAUUAUCUUUGACCCAAUCAAAUACCCUAUUAUAUAUAUUUUACGCUUAUUUUUUUCCUUUUUUUGUACUCGCGAAAUAGUUAAAUAUAAAAACAUAAAUAUAAAAGAAAAUACUCCAAAAUGUACCGUAAUGUUUCCGAAAUAAUAUUUAUUUCUUAAAACCGAAAGUUUUAAGAUAUAAAUGUACUUUUCGAUGUUUCACUGUUGUGUAUAAAGGCCUUAGAGCAGAUCCUUGACUUCGACAGUUCUAACUUCUGUCUGACUGUAUGUUUGUAUGUUGAGGUUAGCCGAGGUGACAUUUCAACAUUUUUUUAAAAAUAAACGUCAGAAAUACCUGCCAUUUUUGACAUUGUGUAAAAUUGGACAUCGCCAAAUCGUAAAUGUCAUUUCGAAUUGUAAAAAUUACUACUUAAAAAAUAUCGAAAGGGAUUGUGACAUAUGGUAACUAUAAUUAAUUGUGUAUUUUGUUUUUUUUUGUUCCGAAUAAAUAGUGAUGAUAUUUUUAAGGAAAACUCCAGAUAAAAAAGAAUGUUCAUACAAAUAAAAUAAUAUUAGUAUUUUAUUUUACAUUUCGUAACAAAACUUUUUUUUAAACAGAUCCCAGUUGUGACAUAAAAAAAAGAAAUAAGAUACUUAACAA